AUGGGCCCGUGGGAUCCAGGCGAAUCCCUCCAAAGGGACAGCCAGGUGAAGAUCAUGGAGAAGACGGUGGCCAACGCAGAGAAGUACUUUGGGCGGUUCUGCUCUCUGAUGGCUUCUUACACCCAGAAAGUGGCCAAGCUCCGUGACAAGUCUGAUCUCCUGGUGAGGCAACUCAUUGACUGCGCAAACACCGAGAGCCCCGAGCUGCGAAACACCAUGAAGAGCUUUGCGGAGGAGUUAGCCAAAGUGCAGGAUUACAGGCAGGCCGAGAUAGAGCGGCUGGGAACGAAGGCGGUUGAGCCCCUGAAGCUCUGCGGCACCCAACCGAGGCAGACGCGGGCAGAACUCAAGAGGUUCAACAGCACCCGCAGCAAUGAGAUAAAGCAGCUGGAGAAGCUGGUGUGGCUGCGACAGAAGGCCCUGCUGCACCGGCAGGUCAUCGCCCAGGCUGAAUCCAGCGUGCACCAAGCUGUGGCGGACACAAGCCGCACAUCCAAGCACCUGGAGGAGACCUUCAGCGGCUUCCAGCGAGGGAAGCUGAAGAACAUCCAGAGGAUUUUCUCAGAUUUAGUUGCUGUUGAAAUGAUUUUCCAUGCCAAAGCCCUCGAGGUCUACUCCGCCUUCCAGAGCCUGCACAGCUACGGCAGCAGGAAGGAUCUGGGGACUUGCCGGAGCGGCCGGGUGGAAGCAGGGCUGCGUCGCCCCGCGCAGCCCCCCGGCGCGGGGGGAACCGGCGGCUGA